AUGGGCGACGAAAACGUUAUUAUUAAAGCAAGACAUGUUGUUUCUGGAGAAUUAGUUGCUCGUAAACUUGUUGUCAGUAAAGACAUUAGAUUAGAUGAUUUAGAAUAUAAGCUGCGCGAACGUUUCAAUGUAAGCUAUGAUAGAAGAAUUGAACUGUAUUAUAUAGACGAUGAUAACGAUCAAAUUAUUAUUACUUAUGAAGAUGAAUUGGCUUUGGCAUUGGGAUCCUCAAGGAUCCCAGUAUUUGGAUUGUACGUUAAACCAAAGUCCGUUGAUAAAGUUUGUACUUACCCGCAUGUUGUAAAAGGCAAAAUUGGAGAAACGGUUGAAAUCUUAAUUGAGUCGCGAUGGCUUACAAUUAUCAAUGCAACAAGAGAAGAUACUAUUGCGUGGGGAACUGAUAUUUUUACUGAUGAUUCAGAUGUUGUAAAAGCUGUGACUCAUUCAGAAAAAGUAGACUUAACCGACACACCACCCCAGCAUGACUUAAUUGUAACAAUACGUUUCCUACCAGGAUGUCUUAAAUAUGCUGGUUCAACUCGCCAGGGAAUAACUACAAUGAGUUAUGGUCCUUAUGAAUUAAGCUACAUUGUUGAUGAUGUUAAAACUAUUCCUACGUCCAGUGAAAAGUCUCAACAACGUUAUGAUACAAUGUUGUAUGAUUAA